CGAACCGUUCGGACGUCGCUGCGGAACUCAAUUGUCGUGGUCCGGUUUUUGUCUUCACUUGAAGCUCGUUUAACGCUCGUUCGCCAGUGAAUAAUAGAGAUAAAAGCCGUUCAUCUGGACUAAACAACUGGCUCCAAGCAAGUGCAUCCGAAUACGUAUUUGUGCAGUGCUCAUCUAGUCCUCCAGUGCAUCCAUAUAAAGAACAAGUCGCAGCAAGCGUAAAAUGCGACGUACAUCAAGUAUCUAAAGCGUAAAGUAUCUCAAGAGUGAAUACAAGUAAAAGCAACAAUAAAAACAAAAACAACGACGAGUCGAGGAACUCGUUGCAAGCUUGAGUAGAAGCUGCCACAUAGAAUGGCCACCAACACAGAGCUGCUGCCCUUCCAUCAUCAGACCACAAUCUCGCUGCAGACAGCCGCCGCCCUGACCAACUAUCAUGGCGGUGGCGUCGGAGGUGGUGGCGGCGGCGGCGGUGGGGCUGCAGCUGGCGGCAUGGCAGCCGGCUCGGCGGCCGGUUGGAAUAUGGACGAACUGUAUCAACAGACUGAGCUGCCCGGCUUGACACGCAACGCCCACCACCUGCUGCGCUUCACGCCCUACGCGCUGCACCAUCGGCCACAGCUGCAAACUCUGCCACCUGCGCUCUAUUUGCAACAUGCGGCAGCCGCGGCGGCGGCGGCAGCAGCGGCCGCUGCAGCGGCACAUGCCCAGCAUCAUCAUCAUCACCAUCACCAUCAUCAGCACAGAGCCGCCUCGCCGGAGAGCCCGCCGCCCGUGGAGGGGACACACAUCAGCAAUCUGUUCCCGGAGCUGCUCGAGCAGAUCUUUGAGCAUCUGCCGGUGCGGGACUUGGGGCGUGCGGCACAGGUGUGCACCGCCUGGCGGGAUGCAGCCUAUGCGAAGAGCGUGUGGAAGGGUGUCGAGGCCAAGCUGCAUCUGAAGCGCUCCAGUCCGAGUCUAUUCAAUUGCCUGGUGCGACGCGGCAUCAAGAAGGUGCAGAUCCUCUCCCUGCGACGAUCUCUGAAGGAUCUAGUGCUGGGCGUGCCGGCGCUGACAUCGUUGAAUCUCAGCGGUUGCUUCAAUGUGGCCGACAUGAAUCUGGGACACGCGUUCAGCGUGGAUUUGCCCAAUCUGAAGACGCUCGACCUGUCGCUCUGCAAACAGAUCACGGACACCAGUCUGGGCAGGAUUGCGCAGCAUCUGAAGAAUCUGGAAACGCUCGAGCUGGGCGGCUGCUGCAACAUAACCAACACGGGCCUGCUCCUGAUCGCGUGGGGCCUCAAGAAGCUGCGCCACUUGAAUCUGCGCUCCUGCUGGCACAUCAGCGACCAGGGCAUCGGCCAUCUGGCCGGCUUCAGCCGCGAGACAGCCGAGGGCAAUCUGCAGCUGGAGUAUCUGGGCCUGCAGGAUUGCCAGCGGCUGAGCGACGAGGCGCUGGGUCACAUAGCACAGGGUCUAACCUCACUAAAGUCCAUCAAUCUGAGCUUCUGCGUGUCGGUGACGGACAGCGGACUGAAGCAUCUGGCGCGCAUGCCCAAGCUGGAACAGCUGAAUCUGCGCUCCUGCGACAACAUCUCCGACAUUGGCAUGGCCUACCUGACGGAGGGCGGCAGCGGCAUCAAUUCCCUCGACGUGAGCUUCUGCGACAAGAUCAGCGACCAGGCGCUCACCCACAUCGCCCAGGGCCUGUACAGGCUGCGCUCGCUCAGCCUCAACCAGUGCCAGAUAACGGAUCAGGGCAUGCUGAAGAUUGCCAAGUCGCUGCACGAGCUCGAGAAUCUCAACAUUGGCCAGUGCAGCCGCAUCACGGACAAGGGUCUGCAGACGCUCGCCGAGGAUCUGUCCAAUCUGAAGACCAUCGAUCUCUAUGGCUGCACACAGCUCAGCUCCAAGGGCAUCGACAUCAUCAUGAAGCUGCCCAAGCUGCAGAAGCUCAAUCUGGGCCUCUGGCUGGUCAGAUGAUGCGUUCACCAUGACUGCAAUGCCUGUGCCGCCGCCGAGGCAGAGAAGUCGGCGCAGGCUAACGCUUAGGAUGCCGCACUCUCUGACUGUGUGCGUGUGUGUGCCUGUGUGCGUGUGACUUUUGUGACUUUAGCUGCGUCUUCUACUUCUUUUUGACUUUGUCUUCCUACUCGUCUCCUUCUACCUGCGUGCCGUGUUGCAUGUCUGACGUGAAGGCAAGGCACGUAAUUACACACACCAGCACACACACUAACACACACACACACUCGCAUACUCUCGGAGUUGGGCAGACAACUAAGUAAAAAAAAAAACAAGAUACACUGAAAACUCAUAGCUUUCGUUUGCCAUACCACACGCUGUACUAAAUUUUUUCGUACGAAUCGAGUAGAAAACGAAACAGCAAAAGCAACAGCAGAGACAGAGCACAGGCGAGCGAGCCAACGAAGGAGGGGGGAGAGCGAGAGAGAGAGGCAGAAAACAACAAACGCCAACAACAAAAAGCAAACAAUGAACACAACACACAUAUACAUGUACAUACGCAGACACAAGCACGGCACACAACAGCAACAGCGACUGCGACUGCUACGACUACGGCUACGGUGUCAUGGAGCUGAAGCUCGCUCUGGUCUGGUGUGUUGUUGCUGCCGCCGCAGGUUCCUAAGGGGCUGGCAGCGGCGCACUUGUGGGCCUGUGCGUUACGUUGACGGGGUAUAGGUUAGCAGGGGGGCGACGCGUCAGCUUACACGCACGCAGCGCAGCGGCAGCGAUAAAAAGAAACGAGAGAAAAAAAAACACGGCUGCAGCUAUGGCCGACGGCAGCAACAAAGUGCAUGGCGAUGGAGACGCGCGAUAAGCAUAGCGCAAGAGUAAAAGAGAGAGGGAGAAGAGCGCGGGCAACGCAGCGCACACACACGUAUGCAUAUGCAUAAAUGUGCGCUUUGGUGUGUGUGUGUGUAUAAUGCAGGCCGCAGUUAAACAGAUGCAAAUAAAUUUAAAUAGUUUAUUUUAAUUCACGCUUCGGCAACAACAGAAACAACAGCGAAAAGUAGAAGCAGAAACAACAAAAGCCAGCGUCCUCCAACACUACAACAACAACAGGCGCGGCAAUGGCGGCAGCUGCGACGCCAGCAGCGACGUGAGCAGCGCUUUAAGCUUGCCCGCAACAGCAGCAACAACAGCAACAACAACAACGACGACGACAACGACUACAAAAAAAGUUUGCUCUUUGUUGGCGCUCUCUGUCUCUGCCUUUUGUUAGAAAUGUUUUUUUUUAUUUCUAUUUUUUUUGUUUUGUGUAUUUGGCCCAACGAGAUUCUUUGUGUUGAACUUUAUUUUUUGUUUUGUUUGCUUUUGUUUCGAAUUUGUUUAGUGCAGCGUCGUUAGUUAUGCCGUUUAAUUUAGUUGGCGAUUAAAUUUAAAACAUGUUAAUAGUAGACACUUAACGAAAAUUUAAUAAAUUUACAUUUAGUUUUAGUUAUUAACUUGGUCAAGCAACAAUUAGUCAAAUAACUCAACAACUUUGUUUACUAGCAAAAAAAAAAAGAAAAGAAAAACACCAACACAAAAGAAACGUUAAAGAAAAUUCUGUAAAUUUUUUAUUGUUUAAUUUAUAAGUAAGCAAAAAGUUAAAAAACAAAACAUACAAAAAAAAACCUAUAACGAUUGAAAAGAAUAUGUGAAUUAAUUCUUUUUUCUAUUGUGAUAUAAAAUAUAUGUAUAAACGAAAACAAAAAAUUAAAUGCUAAAAUACAAGAAUUACGUAAUUUUAUUUUUAACUAAGCAAAGACAAACUAAAAGAAUUACAACAAAAAUGAAAAAACAACUAUGAUAAACUAUGUUAUAUAGUAGCUAUAUGUUAAGUCUAGUUCCAGCGCUGUUUCGAUUUUAGCUCAAAUCCCCGAUCUGUCAGUUUUGUUGAACCUAUUUUUUGAUUUCAGUCCAAAUGCAAUAUUUAUAAAGGCCUUAUUUGAAGACAGAAAUAUCUUAUUAUUAUUAUUAUUAUUAUUAUUAUAUAACUAUGUUGAACUCUCUGACGUUUCUUUGAGUAUCCAAGUUUAGCAUUAAGUUUAAUAUCAUUUAAUUAUUGAUAUUUUUGUUGUAGUUUCAGGCGAAUACACACACAAACACAUACACACACACACACACACACAUAGAAAAACAUGAAGAAACUGAAAUAAAAUUCAAUAUGUAAAAAUUAAAAUAAACAAAAA